CCUUGCUUCGGAACUUCCUGAAUGUAUUUGUCACCUGACUGCUUUCUUUGCGCUUUCGGAGCUGCAAUGGGUCUUCAUUUAAUUCACAGUGUAUCACUUCUGCUCCUGAGUUUUUUAUGUUGUUGCUGGUCAGAGGCGCCCAGAAAUGGGUCAACUCCAAAUAUUAUCAUUAUGCUUAUGGAUGACAUGGGAUGGGGCGAUUUGGGGGUAUUUGGCCAGCCCUCGAAGGAGACCCCAAACCUGGACCGCAUGGCCGCCGAGGGUAUGGUGUUCCCCAACUUCUACACUGCGAACCCCCUCUGCUCUCCAUCACGAGCCUCCCUGUUGACUGGGAGGUUACCUGUGAGGAACGGAUUCUACACCACCAACGCCCACGCCCGGAACGCGUACACUCCCCAGGAGAUCGUGGGAGGAAUCUCCGAUGAGGAGAUCCUACUCCCACAGAUGCUGAAGAAGAUGGGCUAUGUGAACAAGAUUGUUGGAAAAUGGCAUCUUGGCCACAGGCCCCAUCACCUCCCCCUGGAGCAUGGCUUUGACCAGUGGUUCGGGGCUCCAAACUGCCACUUUGGCCCCUACAACAGCAGCGUGAGACCCAACAUUCCCGUCUACAACAACUCUCAGAUGGUGGGAAGGUACUACGAAGAGUUUGGGAUCAACAAAAAAAGCGGGCAGUCUAACCUCACACAGAUCUACCUGCAGGAGGGCCUGGAGUUCCUCCGCGCCCAGGCCUCGGCCCAGCGCCCUUUCUUCCUGUACUGGGCUGCGGACGCCACGCACGCGCCCGUCUACGCCUCGAAGCGCUUCCUGGGGAAGAGUCAGAGAGGCCGCUAUGGCGAUGCGGUGAUGGAGCUGGACGACAGCGUGGGGGUGAUCCUGGAGGAGCUGAAGAGGCUCGGCAUCGCCAAGGAGACCUUUGUGUUCUUCACCUCAGACAACGGGGCGGCGGUGAUGUCGGGGCCAAACCAGAGUGGAAGUAAUGGGCCCUUCCUGUGUGGAAAGGAAACCACCUUUGAGGGAGGGGUGAGGGAGCCUGCCAUCGCCUGGUGGCCCGGGCGCAUCCCAGCAGGAAAGGUGAGUCACCAGCUGGGCAGCGUUAUGGACCUGUUCACCACCAGCCUCGCCCUGGCCGGGCUGGCUGCCCCGGAUGACCGCUUCAUCGACGGGCUGGACCUGACGCCUGUUCUCCUCAACAACUCGCUCAUCAACAGGCCCAUCUUCUAUUACCGCGGCAACGAGAUGAUGGCGGUGCGGGUCGGGCAGUACAAGGCGCACUACUGGACCUGGAGCAACUCGUGGGAGGAGUUCAACCAGGGCAUUAACUUCUGUCCUGGUCAAGAGGUGGCUGACGUGACGACCCACGAGCAAAAGGAACACACCAUGCAGCCAAUCAUCUUCCACCUGGGGCGGGACCCUGGGGAGAAGUACCCAAUCAGUGUUCUGAGUGCAGAGUACCAGGCUGUCCUGCGGCAGAUCUCUCCUGUUGUCAAGCAGCACAGGAGUGGCCUGGUGCCAGGAGUUCCCCAGCUCAACAUGUGUGACCUGGCUGUGAUGAACUGGGCCCCGGCCGGGUGUGAACGGUUGGGGCAGUGUCACAAAGCCCCCAAGUCCCAGCCCUGGAAGUGUGACUGGCCACACUGACCUCACGGUCAGCUGACAUGGUGGAGCCAAUGAACAUGGAGAUAACAGUGGGGGGGAGGGACUUAUUUUCUUCUUGUUCAGUAAUGUGUAGAUUCACUGAUUUCUUUUUCCUUUUUUAUGAUUUAUUUUUAUUAUGAAUCAUUUUUAACACAGAUUCCUGUGGUUUGUGGGUCAUCUGCUCAAUGAAUUGGAUGAUUCACCCAGGUAACCAGGUAAAAUUAAAAAUCUUUUAUCGGUUAGAAUCUGUUAAUCUGCACAGAAAAUGCAAAGUGCCAUUGAUUUUUCAAAAAGUGUGACUAUAUGUAGAGAACAAUGUCUGUACAUGGGAAUAUUGCAAUAAUGUUAUUUUUGGCAACAAAAACAAACAAAGCUCCUCAAUGAAUAGCAGUUUGAGCCUUUCCAGGUCUUAUUAGAAGCAAGUUAGUCUAAUGUGUGGAAGUAGCCAACUUGGCUAAUCUGCUUCUUGGAAAAUGUUUUUACCAUCCACACAAUGGUAAAAAUCUUCUGAUCUUGAUAUCAAUAUUAUGAUCAAUGAUCAAGGGUCAAGGGUCUAAGUGCCAAAGUGCCUUUUAAUUUGUUCGGAACUUGUAAGGGAAAUUUCUACUUUGGGGGAUUUACUCUUUUUUAUUUAUUUUUUUACUGAAUGUUUUUAUCUGGAAACUUGAGUGAUCAGGGUAAUUUAUAUUUUUAAAGUUUAUUGAAUAUGUGCUGUAUAUGAAGGAAAAGUACAGGAAAACUGCACAGAUCUGAUUGUGGAGAUUAUAUUACCACGCAUUCCAGCACAAUUUAAUGACAACGAAGGUGGAAUUAUGGUGUUUACAGCUGGUAUUUCUCUGGUUUCAUGAUGCACGUAUACACAUGCAUCCUGUCUGAGUUUUUAAAUAAAGUCACUACAAUAACCCUU